AAACAUACCGCUUUUGCUACCUUUCCCAGUGAAAAUGCAGCUGUGAAGGCUUUGUCAAGACUGCAUCAACUGAAACUUUUAGGUCACACCUUAGUUGUUGAAUUUGCGAAGGAGCAAGAUAGUGUGCAGGUACUUAGCCAGCCUUCUGUCUCAGAGAAGUGUAAAAGUUCAGAAGAACCAGUGAAAGAAGAAGAGAAGAAAGAACCAAGCUGUGUUAAAAUAGAGAAUGGAAUUGCACCCAACCAUGGCCUCACCUUUCCCAUCAAUUCUUGCCUCAAGUAUUUGUAUCCACCACCUUCAAGUACAAUUCUAGCAAAUAUAGCAAAUGCCUUGGCAAGCGUGCCCAAAUUUUAUGUCCAGGUACUUCAUCUUAUGAAUAAAAUGAAUCUUCCUCCACCUUUUGGACCAAUUACUGCUCGCCCUCCCAUGUAUGAAGAGUAUUUACCAGUGCCUGUGCCACCUCCCCCAAUCCCACCUCUGCCUCCUGAAGAGCCUCCUUUGCCUGAAGAGGAAGAAGAGCAACUAUCUAGUGGAGAUGAAUCAGAAUAUGAAAGUGAUAAUGAGGAGGAAAAGGAGAGAAUGACCAAGUUGAUGGAAUUAGCAACCCUUCAGCCUAAAAGACCAAUAAACACAAAGAGGCGUGGUGUUAGAAAAAAGCAAAGAAUUAAAGACUUAUUGAAUGUUCCUGUGUGUACUCCCCACAGUAAUCUGCAUCCUACGCUGUCACCUUCAGAUGUCUUUGAGCAGCCACAGCAUGUAGGUCAUAAAAAAAUUGAGUUCCAUAUUACUACUGACAUCCCAGCUGUUCUUCAGAUAAACUCGGAAAAAGAAGAAAAAAAUGACCUUUAUGCAACCACAGAAGAAAUCAAUAAUACAGGCUUUGGAAGGAUUUUCCCAGCUCCCAGCUCAAAUGAUAAAAUGGAAACUGAAGAGGAGGAUGAUGAAAUACCAUCAGAAUUUAUUUCUAGAAGGGAACUAGAAAAAAACAGACUUUCUAGAGAAGAAAUGGAAAAAUUUUCUGUUUUCAAAAACUAUGAGCCAGGUGAUCCAAAUUGCAGGAUAUAUGUGAAGAAUUUAGCUAAACAAGUUCAAGAAAAGGAUCUCAAGUUCAUUUUUGGAAGAUACAUUGACUUCCAGUCAGAAGUGGAACGAAAUAUGUUUGAUAUACGUUUGAUGAAAGAAGGCCGUAUGAAGGGACAGGCUUUCAUUGGACUUCCUAAUGAAAAAGCAGCUGCUAAAGCUUUAAAAGAAGCAAAUGGAUAUGUCUUAUUUGAAAAACCCAUGGUGGUUCAAUUUGCUCGUUCAGCUAGACCAAAACAGGAUGCCAAUGAAGGGAAGAGAAAAAAAUAGAACACUGCACAAGAAACAUUCCUGCGUAAAUACUGCAGUAAUACUGUCAUGCAGAGUGUAUCCUUUCUUGUUGUAUCCUUUUUUUGUGCAAUGUUUCCUGCAGCACUCGACUACAUCUAAGUUUUCAUAUAGAG